AUGAAACGGUUGCCAAGGUAUGGUCUCAUCUUAUUUUCCCAAAAAUUUGGCGAUAGCUUCGCCACCGCCCGAAAAAUUUACAGCGAUAAAGAACCUCCACGCAACCCGCCACCUAUUUACAUAUUUUUUGCGCGCGACGGUUCGCGGGUCUCGCGGGGUGACAUGUUGUGUGUGCAAAGGGGGCGGAGCCUGUUUGUUUUUCGAAGGUUUUGCAUGAAAUUUGGGUUGAUUUUUGAUGAGAAAAUUGAGAAAUGAAGAUUUCAAGGCAAAAAAACGAUUCUUGGGCAUAGUUUUGAUGAGUUAGCCUAACUUUUUUCGGUUUUCAUACAUUUUUCAAAUUUUACACAAUUUUUUAUCGAUUUUCUUGAAUUUUCCCCCAAAAAACUCACAAAUCGCUUCUAUUUUUCAAAUCCCAUCAAAAUUCGUGCGAAAUUCGAAAUCCUCCAAGUUUUCCAUCAAUAUUUCAUGCUGAAAAUCAGAAAAUUUGAAUUUUUCAUGUAAAAUUCAGAAAAAAAACCCACUUUUCUUCGAUAAUCCUCGCAUUUUCCGAUAAUUUCAGCUUGAUAAUUCCAGUAGAACAUCUGAAAAUUCAAUUUUUCACAAAAAAUCCACUGAUUUUCCCAGGAAAGCCAAAAAACCCGCGAAAAAAAAACGAAAAAUGAAAAUUUUCUCGUGUUGCGCUAAACAGCGGGCAAAGCGGAGUGUCGUUGUGAAAGUAAACAAUAAUUUUUUUUUUCUAUUUUUUUCUUUUUUUUUGGAUUUUUUGCCCACCAGGUGAAAUAAAAAUUUGUAUAUUUUGAAAAUUUCAAAUUUUCAGCCAAAAAUCUGAAAAUUCAAGUCAAUUUUGAGCCAAAAAUAUUAUUUUCAGCUCAAUUUUUUCCAGAAAAAACCAUAAUUUUCAGCUCGAAAAAUCUGAAAAUUAAAGAUUUUCAGCUUCCCAAAAAUUCAAAAAAUCAAAAAAAAAAUUUUUUUCAAAUCAUUUUCGACUCAUUUUCAUUUUUUUUCCAUUCACUCACUCAAAAAAUUUUUCUUAUCAGAAAAUUUUUUCUCAAAAAUAAAAAAAAAAUUUUUUUCGUUCACUUUUUAUUUCGGUAGAUAAAUUUAUCAUUUUUGCAUGUUACAUACUUUUUCGAAAAAAAUUUUUUUUUUUUUUUUUUUAAUUUUUAAAAAUUUUUUUGAUCUCCAAUUUUUGCAGGGCGCGCUCUCCUUGUACAUUUGUCAAAAUUUGGGCCGCACUUAUUGAUUCGAUGGAUUUUCAACAUUUCUAUUAUUCUAGUGUGAGUUUUUCUUGAUUUUCAGCAUGAAAUUCAUGCUGAAAAUAUUGAUUUUUUGCCUGAAAAUCUCAAAUUUUCAUGCAAAAAUGAUGAUUUUUGACCCCAAAAUCCAAUUUUCUCACUGAAAAUUCAUCAUUUUUGCCCCAGGUCAUACUUAUAAAAUUUUUUCCCGCUAUUUUUUCUAGCUCCAAAAAAAUUCCACUGUUUCAGAAUCCAUCGAGUAGUUCUGCACCGUAUUUCGAAACUAUGGUCAAGCCGCAAAGGUGGAGGAAUAAUGUUGUUGAAGGUGAGUACUGUAUGGGGUACUGUAGAUGGGGGUACUGUAGAAUGUUUGGAGUACUGUGGAAUUUUUUUCAAGCUGAGGGAAAAGUUGUGUUUUUUUUGUUUUUAAAUUUUGAAAAUUUGAAAAUUUCAAUGAUCCUUUAAAAAUUCAGCAGUACUGUAGAUUCAAGAAAUUGAUUACUGUAGACUUAUUUUUCAAAAAAAUACUGUAGAAAAUUUGAGUGGGGUACUGUAGAUGGAUUUGAGGAGUACUGUAGAUUACUGUAAAAAGUUUGGAGCACUGUGGAAUUUUUCAAGCUGAGGGAAAAUUGUGUUUUUUUUAAUUUUCAAAAUUAAAAAUUCUACUGAUCCUUUAAAAAUUUAGCAGGGGUACUGUAGAUGUAUUUUCAAAAGUAUACUGUAGAAAAUUUGGGAGGGGUACUGUAGUUUUGGUAUUUUCAAAUUUCGAAAAUCAAUCAAAAUUUUAUAAUGAUCCUUAAAAUUUAACUGGGGUACUGUAACCUACAGUACCCUCAAUUUCAAGAUUACUGUAGAUUUAGCGCAAAUUUUGCAGUCCGAGUUACUGUAGGUUAUCAGAAAUUCAUCUACAGUACCCUUGGCGCGAAAACUUUAUUUUUAAAAAGUUUAUGCACUUUUUGAAAAUAAGUUAGGCUAACGAACCUAUAAUUAUUUCAAAAUUGCUAGUUUUUCUUCCAAAUUUUCUUUGAUAAGCUGAAAAAGUGGAUUUUCAGCUUCCUGUUUUCGAAAAAAAAAAUUCAAAUUUUUCAGCCAAAAUUCUGAAAUUCAAAUUUCCCGCUCAUUUUUUCCCGCCAAAAUUCUAAAAUUCAAAUUUCCCGCUCAUUUUUUCCCGCCAAAAUUCUAAAAUUCAAAUUUCCCGCUCAAUUUUUCCCGCCAAAAUUUAAAAAAUUCAAAUUUUUUUCAGACACCUCAAAUCAUCAAAUGUUUUCAUGUGUGAAAUCGCGAGAGCUAUCAACCAGGUUAGUUUUUUUUUUUGGGCUCAAAAUUUUUUCUCUGAAAAACGCAUUUUUUGUAGCUAUACUAAUCUACAGUAUCCCCACAAUUUUUUGGACUUAAAAACACAAUUUUUUGUAUUUGUUCUUGGGGUACUGUACAUAGGCUUGACGUAGGUUUUCUGAUUUCUUGGACACUUUUUUUUUGAGCUGGGCUGAUAAAAAAUCCACGUGGCAAUUUUUUUUUGCUGAAAUUUUGGCUGAAAAUUAUCUAGAUAUUUUGAAACAGUAAUUUUUUUCGUAAGAAAAUAAUUGAAAAUUUGGAAAAAUUUGAGCAAUCAUCAAUUUUUCAAAAAUUCCGAAAAAUUAUCUAGAAAUUUUGAAACAGUGAAAAAUUUUUGAAGAAAAAACAAAAAGGUUAAAAUUUUAAUUUUUGAUCCGAAAUCUCUAAUUUUCAAUUUGUUCAAAUUGUCAUUGAAUAAUCAUCAAAUUUUUAUCUGAAAAAUUUAUCAAAUAAUUUUGAAACAGUAGAUUUUUUCUUGAGAAAAUAAUUGUAAAUUUUGAUUUUAAUAAUUGCUAGUUUUUCUAUUUUUCUAAAAAUCCGAAAAAUUAUCUAGAAAUUUUGAAACAGUGAAAAAUUUUUGAAAACAACACCAAUUUUUGCGAAAAUUUUGGGAGCAAAAAUUCAAAUUUUGUCAGAUUUUUCUCUGAAAAUUUUUCACUGUUUCAAAAUUUCUAGAUAAUUUUCCAGAAUUUUUUGAAAAUUAUUAUUUUCGCGAGAUAAGUUUUUUUGAAAUAAUUGAAAAUUUUAGUUUCAAGAAUGUAGGAGAAGCAUAAAUUUUUCGAAAAUUCUGAGAUCUAGAAAUUUUGAAACAGUAUAUUUUUUCUUGAAAAAAUAAUUUUAACUAUAGGGGAAUUUUCUGUAGAAGAACCAUUAAUGAAUUCAUCAUUUCGAAAAAUUCUGAAAAUUAUAUGUAGCAAUUUUGAAACAGUAUAUUUUUUUGAGAAAAUGAUUGAAAAUUUUAAUUUUAACUAUGUAGGGGAAAUUAAUGUAGGAGAUACAUCAAUUUUUCAAAAAUUCCGAAAAAUUAUCUAGAAAUUUUGAAACAGUGAAAAAUUUUUGAAGAAAUUUAGUUUUUUGUUCCGAAAUCUCUAAUUUUAAGUUUUGAUUAAUUUUGUUUGAAUAAUAAUCUAAUUUUUAUCUGAAAAAUUUAUCAAAUAAUUUUGAAACAGUGAAAAUUUUUAAAGAAAAAAAAAACAAAAAUGUCCCGAGAAAUUUUCGAGCAAAAAUUCAAAUUUUGUCAGAUUUUUCUUUGAAAAUUUUUCACUGUUUCAAAAUAAUUCGAUCAUUUUCCAGAAUUUUUUGAAAAUUAUUAUUUUCGCGAGAUAAGUUUUUUUGAAAUAAUUGAAAAUUUUAGUUUCAAGAAUGUAGGAGAAGCAUCAAUUUUUCGAAAAUUCUGAGAUCUAGAAAUUUUGAAACAGUUAAAAAUUUCUAAUAAAAUUUAAAUUUUUUGUUCUGAAAUCUCUAAUUUUAAGUUUUGAUUAAUUUUGUUUGAAUAAUAAUCUAAUUUUUAUCUGAAAAAUUUUUCAAAUAAUUUUGAAACAGUAAUUUUUUUUCUUGAGAAAAAUAUUGAAAAUUUGGAAAAAUUUAAUUAGAGCAAUCAUCAAUUUUUCAAAAAUUCCGAAAAAUUUAUCAAAUAAUUUUGAAACAGUGAAAAAUUUCUGGCAAAAUUCGAUUUUUUGGUCCGAAAUCUCUAAUUUUAAGUUUUUAUAAUUUCUUUUUUAUCAUUAAAUUAAAAAUUUAUAAUCUGAAAAAUUUAUCAAAUAAUUUUGAAACAGUAAAUUUUUACUCACAAGAGAGAAAAAAAUGAAAACAUCAUUUCAAAAAUCUUUGAAAAUUAUAUGUAGAAAUUUUGAAACAGUAAUUUUUUUCUGAAAUUUAGAAUUUUAUAUAAUCUUUAAUUUUCUGGCUGAAAUUUUAAUCUCUUAGCUUCUGCUCAAGAAACGGGACAGAAAGGCCUUAAAAAUUGAGUUAGGCUAAAUUAGACUAUAGGGGAAACAUCAAUUUUUCAAAAAUUCCGAAAAAUUAUCUAGAAGUUUUAAAACAGUGAGAAAUUUCUGACACAAUUUAAAUUUUUUGUCCGAAAUCUCUAAUUUUCAAUUUGUUCAAAUUGUCAUUGAAUAAUCAUCAAAUUUUUAUCUGAAAAAUUUAUGAAAUACUUUUGAAACAGUAAAUUUUUAUAUAAGCGGAAAAAUGAAUUCAACAUUUUAAAAAAUUCUGAAAAUUAUAACUAGAAACUUUGAAACAGUAAAUUUUUCUGAAAUUUAGAAUUUUAUAUAAUCUGUAUUUUUUUGCUGAAAAUUAUUUUUUCUUCAAAAUUUCCUGAAAUUUUGAACACUUACUUAGCCUAACUUGGCCUUGAAAUUGAGUGAGGCUAAAUUAGCCUAACUUAGGUUUCCUGGAAGAAAAUUCCAGUUUUUUCUAUAAUUUUUGAGCUAAGAAUUCCAAAAUUUGCCAAAUUUUUCUGCCCAAAAUUUUUUCCCACGUAAAAUUUCGUAUACUCCUUCACCCACAAUUUUUUUAUAUCAACUUUUUUUUUCUCGCGUGCUCACGAAAAAAAAAGUAAGUUGUGCUCGCCCAAGCCAUAUGUUCCUAAAUUCAAUAAGAAGUAUUUUUUUCGCGCCAAAAAAAUGAGAGAAGAGAGUGGAGAGAAGCAGAGAAAAAAGGAGAAAUCCAUUUUUAGCCUGGCUAGCCUAGAAAAAGCUCACAACUUUUUGUGUGCUCUUUUUUUCUCUCGUGCACAUUUUUUGGCUCACUCACUACUAUGUGAGCUCUUUUUUUUCCAGCUACGCCAAAUUUUUUUGUGUGUAUUUUUUUUGGAGCCGGACUCGAGGCUUCCGGUUUUUGUGGGUGUCUGUGUGUUUAAUUGUUUUGAACUUUUAUUUUGACGCUGGAUUUAUGAGUUUUGACGUUAAAAAUGGCCUGAAGUUGGGCUUUUUUGGGCUCAAAAUGGGCUUAAAAUUGAUUUUUUGCGCUAAAAAUGACAGUACUUUUAGAGAUUUCUCCAAAAAUCAAAAUUUUGUUCCGGAAAAAAUUCACUGUUUCAAAAUUUCUAGAAGAUUUUUGGAAGUUUGUGGUAAAUUUGAUAUGGUUUGUAUUCCUAAAACUUGAAUUUGAGUUUUGAAAUCAGGCCUGAUAAAUUUAGGCCUGGUAUUUUUAGGCCUGGUAUUUUUAGGCUUAGGCUUUAGGCUCACUUUUUUUCACGGCUUUUGAAAUUGUUUUGACUGAUUUUUUUCUGAGCUCCAAAAAUAAUUUUUUUUUUCGAUUUUUGUUUGUUUUUUCACCUGGAGGAAAAUUGAUUUUUGGAAAAUUUUUGGCGUGAAAAAAUCCACGCGAAAAAUUACAGUACUUCUAGAUUUUUCCCAGAAAAUCAGAAUUUUUUCCCCAGAAAACCUCACUGUUUCAAAAUUUGUUGAAUAUUUUUGGGGGGUUUUUGGAAUUUCGAUGGGUCUAGAUUUGCCCGAAAAUUAGAAUUUUUUUCUCCAAAAAAAAUUCACUGUUUCAAAGUUUCUAGAAAAUUUUUGAGGAUUUUUGCAAUUUUGAUGACAUUGCGAUUAACAGAAUCUGAAAUUUUUGAAUCAGUAUAUUUAUUUCAAUUUUUAUAAUUGUGUAUGAGAUUUGUGAAACCCAAAAAAAUAUUUAGAAAUUUUGAAACAGUAAUUUUUUCUGAGAGGAUUUGGUGAGCAUUUUUUUGGCUCCAAAAUUUACAAAAAUAAUUUUUCACAGAAAAAAGUCUGUUCAAAAAUUCACUGUUUCAAAGUUUUUAGAAGAUUUUUGGUGAAUUUGUGGGAUUUUGAUACCAGCUCCUUUAAAUGUCGUGAAAAAUCUCUGAAAAAUCAAUGUUUUCACUUGAUUUCGGCUCCAAAAUUAACCUGGGCUCAAAAUUGAUUUCUGAAAAUUUUCAGAAAAAUUCACUGUUUCAAAAUUUGUAAAAAAGAUUUUUUGCGAUUUUUGAAGCAAAAAUUAUAUGUUUCACCGUUUUGAUGCCAAAAAUAUCGAAUUUCUAGAUUUCCCCGAAAAUUAGAAUUUUUUUCUUCAAAAAAAAUCUCUGUUUCAAAGUUUCUAGAAAAUUUUUGGGAAUUUUUAGAAGUUUGAUCCCAUAUCGUUUAUCUUUAGAACAUUGCUGAACAUUUUUUGGCUCCAAAAUUCACAAAAACAAUUUUUCACAGAAAAAAGUCUGUUCAAAAAUUUACUGUUUCAAAAUUUCUUUGUUUCGAGUUUUCUAGACCUUUUUUUCUCUCAAAAUGUUUUUUUUUCCAAAUACCAAAACAAAAAAAAACCGGCCGCCUCCAGGUUUCAAAUUUCACCUUUCUUUUUCUCUGAAACAUUUUUUUUGGAAAAAAAAUUUUUCUCGAAAAAAUCUGACAUCAUAAGUUUUUGCUCUUGGGAUUUCCAUGCUCCACAAAAAUUUUGAACUUUUUUUUUCUUGGAGCACACAAAAUAUUUUUUUAGACAUCAGAAAUUUAUUUUUUUUUUCUCGUGUUUUUGCACUUGAAAAUGGAGAGGAUUAGUUGAAAGAGGGAUGAUCUUCUCAUAUUUUUUUUGAUGCUCAAAAAAUGUUUUUCUGAGUGCCCGCCUGGCUAGAAAAUUCAGGUUUUUUUUGAGCUCGAAAAAUUUUGAAAUUGGGAAUUCAUCUUAUCAAAAAUUUAUUUUCUUCAAAAUUUGUAUACAAUUUUUGAAACGUAUUUUUUUCGGGAAUUUUUGAAAUUGUUUUUUUUUUAGUAAAAUUGUUGGUUUUAUUUACUUAGAAAAGUGGAAUUGGAAAUUCACAACGCUACAAAAAUAUCUGAAAUUUUUGAAACAGUAAAAUUUUUUGAAUUUUUAUAAAUGGAAGUAUUGAGAUUUUUGAAACCCAAAAAAAUAUUUAGAAAUUUUGAAACAGUGAAUUUUUCAAAAAUUGAAAAUUGGAAUUUUUUCGACUAGAAAAUUUCACUAAUCAAAUACCAAAGUUAUCAAUUUUUCAAAAAUCAAGAAAAAUUUCUAGAAAUUUUGAAACAGUGAAUUUUUCUGAAAAAAAUGAAUUUUGUUCAAAUAUAAAACUGAGUAAUGGAUCAAUUCAUCUGAAGAAAAAAUGAAUUUCGCGACAUUUUUUGUCGCGAAAUUGCAAUUCGCGAAACGACACGAAAUUAAUAAAAUAAAGAAGGAAAUUCUUUUUUCGUGUGUUGGGUCUCGCAGCGAUUACGUGUCCCUUUAAUGUUUCUCCUUUAUUUUUGUGUUUAUUUCGUGUCGUUUCACGAAUUGCAAUUUCGCGACAAAAAAUGUCGCGAAAUUCAUUUUUUCGUCAAAUGAAUUGAUCCAUAAUCAAUUUUUCAAAAAUCAAAAAAAAAAAUAUUUAGAAAUUCUGAAACAGUAACUUUUUCUGAAAAAAUUGAAUUUUUUUCUACAUCGAAAAUGAGUACAUUAAUUUAUCCAAAACCAAGAAAAUGUUCUACAGUGCUCCACAAAAUGAUACGGUCAACAUGAAAAAUUCCAAAAAAUCGAAAAUCCGGAAAGCAUUAAAUUUUCAUGUUCAUGGGGCUUAAAUGGGCUCAAAAAGUUCAAUUAUUGGUCCAAAAACAAAUUUGAAAUUCCUGGUGAAAAAAUGAGAAAAUCGAAAAAUCUCAUUUUUGAGUUUUAUCCAAUCCACAAAAUGAUACGGUCAACCAUCAUUUUUCUUUAAUUUUCCAGUUUUUUGAUUGAAUUUCAAUGUGAUUAAGGCUGAAAUGGUGAAUUUUGGUGAUUUUAGAAGUUCUGUGUAAAAAUUAGCAUGCCUAGCUAGGUCACGAGGUCCAAAAAGGACCAAAUCAGGAAAACGUCUUUCAGAGUGCCAAAAUCUAGCAAAGUUUGAAACAUUUCCAGGUUCUGUCGACUACUUCGCCAGAAAAAGGUUAAAUGUAGCUUUUCUGAACUUCAUUGACAAUUUUCCUUCCAGAAAUCAGUGAAAAUUGUGAAAAAAUCGAAAAUUUUAUUACCUCGACUUAAUGAAAAAUGCUAAUUUUCUAAUUUUCCCAAGGAAAUGAAGAUCCCAUGGCACGAGAUUUUGAAGUUUAUUCAUCGGACACUUCGGAACAUUCAUCAGGUAUGUCCACUGACACAUGAUUAGCCAAAAAAUUGAACAAAAUCCACUUUGGAACCUACCAUAAUGAACUUUUUGAACACGCUGAUUAAUUAACUUAUCUUCGAUGACGAGAUCAGGCGAGUAAUGAAGUCAAAAAUCGAUUUAUGUUAUUGAAAAAAAAGUUUUAAGGCUUGUGGUUUUUUGAAAUCGUGUUUUAAUCAACAAAACUGACUGCUACCACUUGUUCCGCUGACCAACCACUUUUUUAAAAAAAUUUAAAAUUUAGAAAUUCAAGUACGACGUUUUCCUGAUGCUAUUUGUUCAAUUUUUGGCUAAUCAUGUGUCAGUGGACAUACCUGAUGAAUGUUCCGAAGUGUCCGAUGAAUAAACUUCAAAAUCUCGUGCCAUGGGAUCUUCAUUUCCUUGGGAAAAUUAGAAAAUUAGCAUUUUUCAUUAAGUCGAGGUAAUAAAAUUUUCGAUUUUUUCACAAUUUUCACUGAUUUCUGGAAGGAAAAUUGUCAAUGAAGUUCAGAAAAGCUACAUUUAACCUUUUUCUGGCGAAGUAGUCGACAGAACCUGGAAAUGUUUCAAACUUUGCUAGAUUUUGGCACUCUGAAAGACGUUUUCCUGAUUUGGUCCUUUUUGGACCUCGUGACCUAGCUAGGCAUGCUAAUUUUUACACAGAACUUCUAAAAUCACCAAAAUUCACCAUUUCAGCCUUAAUCACAUUGAAAUUCAAUCAAAAAACUGGAAAAUUAAAGAAAAAUGAUGGUUGACCGUAUCAUUUUGUGGAUUGGAUAAAACUCAAAAAUGAGAUUUUUCGAUUUUCUCAUUUUUUCACCAGGAAUUUCAAAUUUGUUUUUGAACCAAUAAUUGAACUUUUUGAACCCAUUUAAGCCCCAUGAACAUGAAAAUUUAAUGCUUUCCGGAUUUUCGAUUUUUUGGAAUUUUUCAUGUUGACCGUAUCAUUUUGUGGAGCACUGUAGAAAUUCUGAAACAGUGAAUUUUUUCUGAGAAAAUUAAUUUUUUUCUUCAUUAAAAAAAAGCAAGUUGAUCAAUUUUUCAAAAAUCAAGAAAAAAAUUCUAGAAACUUUUGAAACAGUGAAUUUUUUCAGGAAAAAUACUUUUUGUUUUUAAAGAAUUAAUUAGUUUUCAGAAAAUAAACAAAAUUUAUUUGAAACUUUUGAAACAGUAACUUUUUCUUCAAAAAAAAUGAUUUUUUGGUACCCAAAUACAGAAGUUAUCAAUUUUUCAAAAAGCAAGAAAAUAUAUUUGAAAAUUUUGAAACAGUGAAUUUUUCUGAAAAAAAAAAUGAUUUUUUGAUUCCCAAAAAGUGAAGUUAUCAAUUUUUCGAAAAUCAUCAAAAAAAUGUUCUAAAAAUUUUGAAACAGUAAAUUUUUUCCCCAAAAAUUCCCCUCCAAAUUUUCCUUGACUUUUUCUUCUUCUAUUUUCUAGUAUCCCUUUUUUGUUCUGAAUAUUUUUUUCUCCGUAAAAUAUUAUUAUUAUUAUUAUUUCAUAUUAUUAUUCGGGUUCUUCUUCUUCUUCAUUUUUUCCCAAUUUUUUUUGUCGUCGUCGUCGUCAACUGCUUUUUUUCUCUCCACAUUUUUUUCGUUGUUCUUCGCUAUUUUUUUCUAUUUUUUCUAGACCCGUAUACGAUUUCAAUUAUUUCCAUUUUUUCAUUCAUUCUUCUCUUCUUUUUUCUCCUUUUUUUAUUUCAUUUCUCUUUGUUUUUGUUGGCUUUUCCGGAAAAUUUGAAACUUUUUUUUGGAUUUCUGGACUGAAAAUCUAAAAUUCUCAAAAAUAUUUAUGAAAAUUUUGAAACAGUAUAUUUUUUGGAGAAUUUUUUGGAGGUUCAGAUUUGCAAAAAUUCACUGUUUCAAAGUUUUUUGAUGUUUUUUUUAAUACAAAAUUUUGGGUUCAAAUUUGAAACGAAUAUUGCUGUUAAAAACAAUUUUUUCGCUAGAAACAAAUAUUCAUGAAUAUUUUGAAACAGUGUUUUUGUUGAACUCAAAAUUCAAAAUUUCACAAAAAAAUUUAGAAAAUUCAAUAAUUUUUUGUGUCAUUCAAUUCUGAAAAUUACAAAUUUUCAGCAAAAUUUAUUUAAUUUUUUGAGCUCGAAAUUUAAAAAAAAAUCACUGUUUCAAAAAUUUCACAUUAGAUUUUGAACUAAAUUGAAAUUUUGGUAGACCGGUAAAAAAAAGAAGAAAAUUCACUGUUUCAAAACUUUUCUAUAUAUUUUCUAUUUUUUGUCAAAAUUUGUUUAGCUUUGUUUCUUUAAAUGUUCAAAUUCAGAAAAAUUUCCAAAGAGGAAAACUUCUCGAAAAAUACACUGUUUCAAUAUUUUUUGAUAAUUUUCUGGAGUUUAUUGAAAUUUCGAAAAGUUUAACAUAUAAAAUUGUAUUUUUUCCUCUCAAAAAAUCACUGUUUCAGUAAAAAUUGAUAGUUUUCUGGACUUUAAUCUGAAUUCAAUAUGACCAACAAUAGAUGUCCUGAAAUUCUGAAAAUUAUUAAUUCAAACAGCUUUUUUUCCACAAAAAAUCGGACUGUUUCAAAAAUUUUGCAUAAAAAUUUCUCAAAAACACUUUUCGAUAGAGUAUUUGUUUCGAUGUAUUCACAAAAAUUAACUGUUUCAAUAUUUUCUGAUAAUUUUUGCAAUUUUUGUCAGAUUUCGAUUCCCUCUCAAGCCUCUCCACAUACAACUUUUCAAAUUUAGACAACUUUUAAGAAAAAAAUUAUUUCGAAAAAAUUCACUGUUUCAAAAUUGUUCAAAUAUUUUUGUAGUUUUCUGGUUUAUUGAUACAUUAGAUCAUCUAUCUGAUAUAAAUUUUCCCACAUUUUUCAAAUUUUAGGGCUUUUUCCAGCAACAAAAAAUUCACUGUUUCAAAAUUUUUUAAAUAUUUAUCAGAGUUUUAUUGAGAUUUCGAUCACGGUUUGCUUCAUUUUGAAAUUUUUCAAAAAAUUCACUGUUUCAAAAAUUUCAGAUGUUUUUGGGGCUUUUUUAUUUAAUUUUGAUUGUGGAUAGUUUGCAAUCGGAAAUUAUUUUGAAAAAUUGUUCAAAAAUAAAUCACUAUUUCAAAAGCUCUUCAUCAAAAAUUUUGAAUUUUUGUGAAGUUUUGAUGAUUUUUUUCGGAAACAUUUUUUCAAAAAAUUUACUGUUUCAAAGAUUUUUGUUAAUUUUUUCUGAUUUUUUGUCAAAUUUAGUUUCUUAGAUGGUGUAGGUAGUUUCAAAUUCAUUCAAUUUUCAAGAAAAAAAUCACUGUUUCAAAAUUCUUUCAUUAAAAAAUUCAAAUCACAAUUUUUGAUAGACAUUGGAAAUAUCUGAUAAAAAUCCAGAAAAUUCGCAAAUCUGAUAAUUUUUGGAUAAAAAUUGCUCCAAAAAUACACGUGGCAUUUAUUGACGCGAAAAAUAUGAAUUUUCAAUGAAAAAUCUCACUGUUUCAAAGGUUUUUGAUUAUUUUUCUGAUUUUUGUAGAACUUUGAUUAUCUCGCGAUAAAUUCCGAGAAAAAAUUCACUGUUUCAAAAUUUUUUCAUAAAAUUCUCGAGUUUUAUCAAAUUUUGAUCAGUCGUUUUUAUUUGGGCGAAAAAGUAUGAAAUUUCAAUUCUCAAUAAAAAUUCACUGUUUCAAAAUUUUCUCAUAAUUUUCUGGAGUUUUAUCAAAAUUUAAUAAACAUUUUAAUUUUUUGAAAAAUUCUCAAAACAUCACUGUUUCAAAAUUCGUUCAUUGAAAAAAUUAAUUACGAAUUUUUGAUGGACAAGAGAUAUAAAAAUCUGAUAAAAAUCCAGAAAAUUCGAAAAUCUGAUAAUUUUUGGAUAAAAAAUUCAGAAAUUGCUCCAAAAAUACACGUGGCAUUUAUUGGUGCGGAAAAUAUUAAUUUUGAAUAAAAAAUUUACUGUUUCAAAUUUUUUCAUGAUUUUCUGGAGUUUUAUCAAAUUUUGAUACAUUCAACGAUAUGUUUUCUGAAAAAUUCACUGUUUCAAAAUUCACUCAUUAAAAAAUUCAAAUCAGUAUUUUUGAUAAACAAGGACCUAUUAGCCAUACACGCAAGAGUUCAAAUUCAUAAUAAGUUCCUAGAAAAAAAUUCACUGUUUCAAAUUUUUUCAUGAUUUUCUGGAGUGAUAUCGAAUUUUGAUACAUUCAACGAUGUUUUCUGAAAAAUUCACUGUUUCAAAAUUCACUCAUUAAAAAAUUCAAAUCAGUAUUUUUGAUAAACAAGGACCUCACGAAUCCAGAAAAUUCGCAAAUCUGAUAAUUUUUGGAUAAAAAUUUCUCCAAAAAUACACGUGGCAUUUAUUGACGCGAAAAUUAUGAAUUUUCAAUAAAAAAUUUCACUGUUUCAAAGGUUUUUGAUUAUUUUUCUGAUUUUUGUAGAACUUUGAUUAUCUCGCGAUAAAUUCCGAGAAAAAAUUCACUGUUUCAAAAUUUUUUCAUAAAAUUCUCGAGUUUUAUCAAAUUUUGAUCAGUCGUUUUUAUUUGGGCGAAAAAGUAUGAAAUUUCAAUUCUCAAUAAAAAUUCACUGUUUCAAAAUUUUCUCAUAAUUUUCUGGAGUUUUAUCAAAUUUUGAUACAGUUUGCGCAGUGAUGUGUGAAAAAUUCUCAAAAAAUUCACUGUUUCAAAAUUCUCUCAUAAAAAAUUCAAAUCACAAUUUUUGAUAAACCUCAUGAAUCCAGAAAAUUCUGAAAAUCUGAUAAUUUUUGAAUAAAAAUAUUCAAAAAUUGCUUCAAAAAACCACGUGGCAUUUAUUGCCGCGAAAAAUAUGAAUUUUGAAAUUUCAAUGAAAAAAUUUCACUGUUUCAAAGGAUUUUGAUUAUUUUUCUGAUUUUCCGGAAACUCUGAUGAAUUAAAAUUCAAAUUCAAUCUUUGGGGCCAAAAAUCUGCAAUUUUCAGCCUCAAUUUUCAAGUUUUCUCCUCUCAAAUUCUCAAAUUUCCUCCUCAUUUCACUUUGAAAAUUUGCAAUUCUCCAACGGCGAAAAAACAUUACAUUUUUUCUUCCUUCAUUAGAAUUUCGAUGUCGUUUUCUUCUUCUUUUUUUCCGCCUCUUCUCCAUUUUUUUCGCCGUUUUUUCUUGUCAAUUUUAAACGGCGCCGUUUAAUUUUGAAAAUAUAUUGCCAUUUUUUUGUGACGCUCGAAAAAUUUUUAAUUGAAAAAAAAGUUUUUGAGCUUUUCUAAGGGACCCAAAAUUACUGUAGCUCUGAUUUUGGCGCCGAAAAUUUAAAUUCAAAAGGUUACUGUAGGUCUGAUGAUUUUUGGCGCCAAAAAUAGAAGACGUGUGUCAAAUGUGUCAAUCACACAUACACCCUCAAUUUCAAUUUUCAAAUUAAAUUUCUUCAGUUUGAUGUGUGUCUGCGUCUCUAAUUUUUUCUCUGCGUCUCUGCGUCUCUAGCCUCUCUAGCCUCUCUAGCUUCUCUGCGUCUCUAACCUCUCUAGCCUCUCUAGCCUCUCUAGCCUCUCUAGCCUCUCUAGCCUCUCUAGCCUCUCUAGCCUCUCUGCGUCUCUAACUUUUCUCACAAAUUUUUGUCCGUCACGCAACAUUGCACAUUAUCAUCAUUGCCCCUAUUUUUCACUUUUUUUCCUCUUUCGAGCAUGAAAAAAAUGAGAUAUUUAUUAUUGACUGAAAAAUUAAUUAUUCUUUGAAAAAAAAAAUUAUUUCUCUUUUUUUUCCCGCGUUUUCCCCCGUUUUUUUUGGCCAAAAAUGGAGAAUUUUCUGGUUUUUUUGUUUACAAAUAUGUAUAUUUUGUUUAUUUUUGAAGUUUUCCCAACAAAAAAAUUUGAAAAAAAAUUCAAAUAAAAAUUUUUCUGUAUAGCUUAUCGAAAUUUCAAUAAACUCCAGAAAACCUUCAAAAAAUUUUGAAACAGUGAAUUUUUAUUUUUUUUUAUUUUUUCCCGUCCACCAAUAUUUCAAUCAAGUUCAAUAACUUAUCUGAAAUUUUUGAAACAGUGAAUUUUUUUCAAAAAUUUUGUGCUCAAAUAAUCAAAUGAAAAUAAAUUUUGCUGAAAAUUUGUAAUUUUCAGAAUUGUAUGACACAAAAAAUUAUUGAAUUUUCUAAAUUUUUUUUGCGAAAUUUUGAAUUUUGAGCAAUAAAUGUGUCAUCGAAAUCUCAAUAAAACUCUGAUAAAUAUGAAAUAAUUUUGAAACAGUGAAUUUUUUUUUGCUGAAAAUGGCUGUAAAAUUUGAUGUAGUAUCAAAAAACCAGAAAACCCAAAAAAUAUUUAAAAAAUUUUAAAACAGUGAAUUUUUUUGAAAUAUUUUUUUUCUCAAAAGUUGGCUGAAUUUGAAGAAAGGUACAUAUAUUCUCCAUUAAAAUCUGACAAAAAUUGCAAAAAUUAUCAGAGAAUUUUGAAACAGUGAAUUUUUGUGAAAAAAAGGUGUUUGAAUUCAGAAUUUUCAGAAUUUUAGUCCAGAAAACUAUCAAUUUUUACUGAAACAGUGAUUUUUGAGAGGAAAAAAUACAAUUUUCUGUAUCGAAAUUUCAAUAAACUCCAGAAAAUUAUCAAAAAAUAUUGAAACAGUGAAUUUUUUUUCUCGAAAACCCUUUUUUCUCGCAUUAAAAAAAUUAAAAUAAAAUUCACCUCAUUUUUUCAGCCACAACAAAACUGGAAUCGCAGAUGUUGUCGCCGCGUCGUCGCUGAAUUCGUCGCACGAAUUCAGAUUUGAGCAGUCGGAAGAAUCGCAAGACGAAGUAUUUUUUGAGCGCCAAAAUAGUUGUAGGAGACAGUGGGCAGCAGAAGCAGACGACGAGAGUGGCGAGAGAGCGAGAGGAGCAGCAUCGACAUAUCAGCAGCAGCAGCAGCAAAAUUUGGUUGUGCCCACACUUUUGGUCACAUCGACACCGUCCACGUGGAUUGGAGAGCAAGGUGAGAGACGCAGAGGGCUAGAGAAGCUAGAGGAGGUUAGAGAUGCAGAGGAAUUAGAGAUGUAGAGCGCUAGGAAGCGUUGUUUCAUGAGAGACGGCUAGAGAGCCUAGAGAGUGUGAGAGAGAGCGCUAGAGAAAACAGAUUACUAGAGGUCAGAGACGCAGAGAAAUCUGGGAAAUUAGAGAGUAUAGAAUUUUGAGAGAGGUUUGAGGGUUAGAGACGCAGAGGAAUUAGAGAUGCAGAGCGCUAGAAAGCGUUUUUUCAUGAGAGACGGCUAGAGAGUCUAGAGAGUGUGGUAUUUGAGAGAGUCAGAGACGCAGAGAAAUCUGGGUAGUUAGAGAGUAUAGAGUUUUCGGAGAGGUUAGAGGGUUAGAGACGCAGAGGAAUCAGAGAUGCAGAGGGAUAGAAAGCGUUGUUUUACGAGAGACGGCUAGAGAGCCUAGAGAGUGUGGUAUUUGAGAGAGUCAGAGACGCAGAGAAAUCUGGGUAGUUAGAGAGUAUAGAGUUUUGAGAGAGCUACAGACGUGGCAGAUUUGAAAUUUUGUUUUUUUUCUCCAAAAAUUUGAAAAUAAUUUGAAACAGUGAACAAUUUCAUUAAAAUUUCAGAAUUUUCAAAUUUUCAUCUCCAAAAUUCACCAAAAUCCACCAAUUUUCUUCCAGAACACAGUGAAUAUUACGAAUAUUCGUCGUCCUCCAACAUGUCUGGCCUAUGUUUCCAACUUCAAAGCGGCAUUCACAAAAAGCAGAUCAAUGUGGACGCGAGCGAAAUAUCGCUUCGAGACCUGCGCAACGAAUCGUUCGACUUCAUCAAGGAAAUUGUGAGUUUUCCCAGGAUUUCUGGGUGAAAAAUGGUCUUUUUCACCCCAAAACUAAUGAAAUUUUGAAGAUUUAUAUAUGAUUUUGCUCGAAAUUUCACGCUUUUUCACAAUCUCACAUCAAAAUCUCAUUCAAAAUCCAAGUUUCCCCUGAAAUCCCGUGAAAACGCGAGAAAAACAUAUUUGCGCGUCAAAUUGUGUGUGUUGUGUGCAGUUGUGUGCAAACACCACUCCAGCCCGCCGGAGUUUUUAUUUUUCGUUUUUUGAGGGUUUUCCAGGGUUUUCCAGGGUUUUGAGGCCGAAUUUUUGAAUUUUAACAUCAAAAUUAGAAAAAUCUGGAAGAUUCUGUGAUUUUUGAUGAAAAUUUGAAGAUUUUCGAUGAAAAAUGAAGAAUUUUGACGUGUUUUUCGAGAAAAUUGAAAUUUUGUGGAUUUCCUCAUUUCUAAAUUCAUAGAUUUGAAGAAAUGGUUGGAAAUUAGAUGAAUUGUGAGUUUUAGCAGGUUUUUUUGAGUUUGCCGCGAAAAAUUCGGGAAUUUUGUGGGCGGAGACUAAAAAUCAAUAAAUAAAUCGAUUUUUAACGGAAAAACUGGAUUUCAAAGUGAAAUUGUGAUGAAAAACGUUGAAAUAUCGAUUUUCCCCAAAAUCAAUCAAUAAAUCGAUAAUUUUGUGUUACAGUACCCGGACAAAGGAUGCGAACAUCUGAAAGAUCACAUUUUGCUCUACAAACACGACAUGCGAUCGAUCAAUAUUUUGCAACUAAUCAAUACGUCGGCUGACGUCACAGAUGGAGCACUUGUUGAAGUUGUGCUAAGUUGUGAGUUGAUUUUGGGCGGAAAAUAUGUAAAAAUUGCGAAAAUUCGAGGUUUUUUGAGCUACAGUACGAAAAAUUAUUGAUUUUUGAGCUGAAAUUCACUGAAUUGUGAAAAAAUCAGGUUUUUAACCUGAAAUUGAGCUACAGUAUGAUUUUCUGCACGUAAAAUUAAAGGCGCAGGUUUGAAAUCAGGUUACAGUACUCCUGGAUUAUUUUCAAACGAAAAAUUUGGUUCUCGAGCUGAAAAUUCAGCUACAGUACUCCUGAACCCGCCAAAAAUUCAAAUUUCCAAAUUUUUGGGCUCAAAAUUUGAAAUAAAGUAUUCCUGGACCUGAAAAUGCUGAUUUUCUGGCUACAGUACCUCCAAAUUGGCUCCAUCCAACGUUUUUUCCAAGAAUUUUCUAGAAACAUGUGAAUUUUUGUUGCCUAAUUGGCUUCUUUAUUUAUUAUAUCUAGAAGUUUCUAUUUCUCCUCAUUUCUCGCUAAUUUUUUACCGGAAAUUUGAAAUUUUUCAUGAUUUCCGCUAUUUUUUUCACUCGCUUUUCAAUUUUCAUAAUUUUUUCUCGUGAAAACACAUCACACCCCCACUCUCAAUUAAUUUUUUUUGAGUUUUGAGUUUUUGAUUUUUUUUCUGGCGGAAAAAAUAUUCAAAUUUUAGUUGCUGCAUCAAAAAGAAAAGCAAUUAUUCAAUUAAAUGUUUCUAAAUAAAUUUUUUUGUUGAAACAGUAAAUUUUUUUGGCUCUAGAAUUUUUAGCUAUUCAAUUGUACUGGUUCUUAUUGUCAAUUGUAGAAUAUUGAAAAUCUCGAAAAUUUGUGAGAUUUUUGAAACAGUAGAUUUUCGACCCCAAAACAUGAUCUCUUAUUGUAAAUUUCAAAAAUUUUGAAAAUUUGAGAAAUUUUUGAAACAGUGAAUUUAUGGAAGCUGAAUUUUUUUGCAAUUCAAUUUUUUUUUGAGAAUUUUUGGGCUCAAAAAUUUACUGUUUCAAAAAUUUUCAUAUUAUUGUAUGUGCAAUAUUGGGAAUUCAGAAUAUUCUUGAAAUUUGGAAAUUAUUUGAAACAGUGAAUUUUUGAGAUGCUACAUUUGGUUUUUUUUUUCAAAUUGAAAAAAAAUUUAAGAAGUUGUGAGAUCCUAAAUUUCAUUCAAAAUUUAAAAAAAAAUUCACUGUUUCAAAAAAUUCUUAAAUUUUUGAAAAGUUCAAAAUUUUCGGUUGAACUUCUAUUUUUUUCGUAACAUUAAAAUUUUGACAAAGUUUCAGCAUUCAAAAUUUUAAAAAUUAAUUUUUUUUGCUAAAAAUUGUACUCAAAUUUUAAUUUUCAAUAGCUGAAUACCGAAUGGAACAAACAUUCAUUUCAAUAUUUCAAAUUGAAUUUUUUCUGAAACAGGAAAUUUUUCCGGUUUUUUCCUUCUAUGGAUUAUAGAAUUUUGAAAAUCUCGAAAAUUUGUGAGAUUUUUGAAACAGUAGAUUUUUGACGACAAAAACACAGUUUUAUUGUAAAUUUCAAAAAUUUUGAAAAUUUGAGAAAUAUUUGAAACAGUGGAUUUUUGGGAGUUGAAUUUUUUGCAGUUCAAAUUUUUUUGAGAAUUUUUGGGCUCAAAAAUUCACUGUUUCAAAAUUUUUUAUUUAAAUGUAUUUAUAGUUAUUGGGAAUUUAGAAAAUUUAGAAAAUUUGAGAAAUUUUUGAAACAGUGAAUUUUUGAGAUGAGAAAUUUGGUAUAUUUUUUCAAAUUGACAUGAGACAAAAUUUACAAAAAAUUGUUCCAUCUUAAUUCAAAUAUAUAUUUUUAAAAAAUUCACUGUUUCAAAAAAUUCUCAAAUUUUUGAAAAGUUUAAAAUUUUCAGUAAUUUUCGUGUUUGAGAAUUUUUUGAAACAGUACAUUUUUGGGAAAUUUUUAGAGCUACAAAUUUACAUUUCAAUUUUUUUUAAAUAGUUAUUGAGAAUUUAGAAAAUUCGUGAAAUUUGGGGAUUAUUUGAAACAGUGAAUUUUUGGGAUGAGAAAUUUGUUUUUUUUAUUGAAAAAAAUUUAAGAAAUUGUAUUAAAAAUUCACUGUUUCAAAAAAUUCUCAAAUUUUUGAAGAGUUUAAAAUUUUCAGUAAUUUUCGUGUUUGAGUUUUUUUUGAAACAGUAAAAUAUUGAACUAAAUUCAAAAAUUUAGGCUCCGAAAAUAGAUUUAUCAAAAAAUCUGAUCUUGAACUUUUUAGCUCCAGCCAUCAAUUUUUUUCGCCGAUUUUUUUUCAUUCAAAAUUUUCUCCUUCUCCUCCUAUAUCUAUAUAUUUUUCAUAUAUAUAUAAAUAAAUCUGAAAAAAAAAAGAGAAAUAUAGAUAUGUAUAUAAUUAUUAAAGGGAGGAAGAAGAGUAAAUAAACACGGCGUGUUUUGUGAAAAAAAAUUGAAAAAAAAAAGUUUUUCGCUUCUUUUUUUUUUCUGGUGGCUUUUCCUCUGUGAAAUUAUUCAUGAUUUGGUUUUGUUUUGGUUUGUUUUUGAGGCGAGAUUUGGAGCAGAUAAAUGCUCUUUUUGAAAAUCUGAAAAUUUUUGCUGAAAAUGUACCGAAAAAAUCCUCAAAUCCGAUUUUUUCUCAAAAAAAGCACCAAAAAUCACAAAAAAUUUUUCAAAUUUCAAAAUUUCCCGCCUAAAAAAACUCUGCGUCUCUAACUCCCCCAUUUUUUCCCGCCUAAAAAAUGAUGAAUUUCCCGUCAUCAUCUUCUCUCACUACAUUUUCCCCUUUUUUCCACAAAAAAAUGUUUUUUUUGGCUGUCUGAAAGUGUACUUGAAAUUGAGAAAUUGGCUUGAUUUAGGCUCAGAAAGUGGCACAAUUUUUUGCCAAAAAAAGUUUUUUUUGGGAACUUUUUUGAGUGGAAAAUCUAGAAAUUCUUCUGAAAAAUUUCAAAAAAAUUUAAUUUUCACAAUUUUUUUGCCCAAUAAUCUGAUAUAAUCCGAGUUUUUCCCCUUUUUCCCCUUUUUUCUCGAUUUCAAAUCAUAAUAAGAUGAUAAUCCGUGUGGCGGAGCACUGAAAAAAAGCUUUAUAUUUUAUUUUCAUAUUUUAUAUAUCCAUAUUUUUUUUCUCCCAACGAAAUUUGCGCUCUUUUUUCUCUCUCUAUAUCUCUAUGUUUUUGCACUUUUUUGCGCGGGGUUUUGAGCAUUUUUAGCCGGAAAUUCUGGAUUUUCAGCACCAUUUUUUACGCUAAAAAUUUGACCUGAAAUUGAGGAUUUUUAGCUAGAAAUUUUAGAGUUCCAGCUCAAUUUUAGGCUCAUUUUCAGGCUGAAAAUAUGACCUGAAAAUUAUAAUAUUUAGCCAAUUUUCAGACCUGAAAUGAAUCUGAAAUUGAGCAUUUUUAGCUAGAAAUUUCAGAAUUUCAGCUCUAUUUUAGGCUUAUUUUCAGGCUGAAAAUGUGAUCUGAAGUUAAGCUAGAUUUUGCUGAAAUUUCAGAGUUCCAGCUCUAUUUUAGGCUGGAAAAUUGACCUUAGACUAAUAAUUUUUAGCCAAUAAUUCAAUUUUUUUCUGAAAAUCUGGAAUUUUAGCCACGUUUUUGGGAGUCCUGAAAUUUCAGAGUUCCAGCUCAAUUUUAGGUUUUUUUUCAGGCUCAAAAUUUGACCUGAAAUUGAAUUUUGAAGCUGAAAAUCCAGAUAUUUUAGCUCUAAAAAUUUUAUUUUAAAAAAAUUGCUGAAAAUCCUUCUUGAACUAAAAAAUUUCUGGAAGAAAUUUAUCGCCAAAUCAAUUUUCGGUUCAAUAUUUUUUCACUGUUUCAAAAUUUUGAUGAAAUAAUUUUUUGAAUUUUUGAGAAUAGUGAAGGUUGAAACUUUGCCACGUGGAUUUCUUGAAAACCAGUUUUAUAUACUGAAAUUCUGACAGCUUGAAUUUUGUGCCACGUGGCAUUUUUCCCCAAGACUUCCUCUAACUUCAUUUGAUUUUCAAAGAAGAUUCUCGUAGUAAUUUCCGCCCCUUUUCAAAAAGUUUUUAAAGAAUAUGUAUGUGUAUUCCGGUUUCAAACUAGACUCUAGUCUAGAUCAGAUUUCUCAUAUUUAUUUUUUUUUUGAGAAAAUAAAUAGGUCAAUUUUUCUGCUGAACUUUUUUAUUUCAUACAUUUUUAAUGGAGUUUUUUUUUAAAUUGAUUUUUCUGGAAAUUUGGAAUUUCUGGGAUUUUUGGUGCCAAAAAUUGAAGUUUUAACUGAAAUUGUGCCACGUGGAUUUCUGGAAUUUUCAAAAAUUUCAUAUUUUUCUGACUUUUUUCCCUUGUGAUUAUCGAUUUUUUUCGUCUCUGACUGAAAUUCUGCUGAAACCCUCAAAAUUUCAAGGCAUUUUUCUUCGCUCGAAGAGGAGGAAAUGCAAAAAUGCCAGAUCGAAAGAUAAAAAAGCAGGAGAGAGCGAAAAGUUGUGUGACGGGUGGAAGUUCGCCGUUUUCUGGCCGGCGAUCGCCGCGACUCGGCGAAAAUACGAAAGCGAACACAAUCGGAGGAGCCGAUCCCGAUCAUUUCAAACAAAUUCAGCAGCAAAAAUCGUUUCAAAUUGAAGAAGUUGUCACGAUUUUCACGGUGAAACAAGAGGGAACGAAUGGCAAGAAGUUGAAUUAUCAACAGCAGCCGGAUGUGGGAAAAAGGACGGUUAUUGUUGGUGAGACGAUUUGGAGCACUUUGGCUCGAUUUUUAAGCCAAAAUUUGGAUUCCGGGCCGUUUUUUGAGCCCAGAAAUGGGUUUUUUGGUGAAAAAUGGUCCAGAAAUACUGUAGACGUGUUUUUUAGCCAAAAUUUGAAUUCCGGGCCGUUUUUUGAGCCCAGAAAUGAGUUUUUGAUGAAAAAUUCACCAAGAAUAGUUCUGUAGCUCAAAUUUUCAUCAAAAAUUGAAUUUUUGCGAGUUUUUUCAUCCCAGAAACGUGUUUUGAGAAGUUUGUAGCUUGAAAACAUGAAAAUGGGGCAUUUUUGACCCUGGGAAUGUUUUUCUCAUGAAAAAUUCACCCGGAAUAGUUUUGUAGCUCAAAUUUUCGGAUUUUUGCGAAUUUUUGACCCCAAACAGUUUUUUUCAGGAUUUUCUAGCUUAAAAACCUAAAAAUAAGCUUCUAGAGCAUUUAUACUUUGAUUUUGAGCUCAAAUUUCACAUUUUCGGGAUUUUUCGACCCUGGAAGCCUUUGGGGUACUGUAGCUUUAUUUUCAACCUGAAAAUUGGAUUUUUUUUUUUGAAAAAUUGACCUGAAAUUCAGAUUUUUUGAGUACUGUAGCUCAAAAUUUCACCAGAAAUUUCAGAUUUUAUAAAUCUUCAAUUUUCAUUUCAAAAAAAUUCUGAAAAUCCUCUUAAACUUUCCAUUUCCUCUCUUCUAAUCUUGUGAACAUUUGAUGACUCAAACAAGAAAAAAAUGAGCAAAACAUUUUGGAAAAUGAGAAAAACACGUGGCGAUUAAAUAUACGCUUCUUCUUCUUUUUUUCGUGUUGAGGAGAAGGAUUAUCCCUAAUAAAUUUGUUUACACAUUUUUUUUCAGAAAAAAAAAUGUAUGACAUAUGAGAGAUUUGUUUUAUUGGAUGAACGCGGGGAUUUUUGGGGCUGAAAAAUUGAUAAUUUCAGCCUAGCAUUUAGAAAAAUGUGGAAUUUUUAGUGAAAAAAUAGAAAAAAAAUUCACUGUUUCAAAAUUUUGUGAAAUUUAGGUCAUGAAUUUUUUUUUGUUCAAUUUUCCAGAAAAGGUAUUUAAAAAAAUUCACUGUUUCAAAAAUAUUUUAUAUUUUUUGGAGAUUUUCUGAAAGUUGAUCUAUCGCGAACUUCAGGAAUAAAUUUUAAAAAAUUCACUGUUUCAAAAUUUUUUGAUAUUUUUAUAGGGUUUUCAAAAAGUGAUCCCUUGUCCAAAAAAGCUUGAAAAAAUUUCAGAUUUAAUUUUGGUAUUGGAAUUUGUGCUGAAAAUUCUAGAAUUUUUACAGGAAUUUCAGAAUUGGGUUUCCAGAUUCUCUUUUUUUUUCUGGAAUUUUUUAAAAUUAAAUAUUAAAAAAAUCACUGUUUCAAAAUUUUUUGAUAUUUUCAUAGGGUUUUCAAAAAUUGAUUUUUUCCUUAAAAGUUUUCAAAAAAAUUUCAGAAUUUUUCUGUGAAUUGUCUUCAAUUGUCUUCGUUGCAAUCAGGUUUCUAGAUUUUCAAAAUUUUGAAGACAAGAAUUUGAAACAGUGAAUUUUUUUUUCACAAAAAAAUCCCUUUCAAAAAUCCCCCAUUUUUCCAGCGAGCCCUCAAAAUGAGCGAAUCGUCGUGCAUCCUCACACACUUUUUGUGCACUCCUACAAAGUCCCGACAUUUUGUGAUUUUUGUGGUGAACUCCUAUUUGGUCUCGUAAAACAGGGCCUAAAAUGUCGUGGUUGCGGGCAGAAUUAUCACAAAAGAUGCGCCUCGAAAAUUCCGAAUAAUUGUAGUGGAUCGAAACAGCGAAGACCGUCGGCUAUACCAUUGUCGCCUUCUAAUUCGAAUAUGUUGACUGAGAGAAGGGUGAGUGGGUUUUGGAGGGAUUUUUAUUGAAAAUUGAACAAUUUUGAACCAGAAUUUGAUGAAAAUUAGAUGUUUUCUUGACUAGAAAAUCAUGAAAAUUGAUUUUAAAAUUUUCAAAAAUUUUACUGUUUCAAAAUUAUUUUUUAUAAUUUGGUGAACAUCUGAAAAUGUUUUUUUUUCAAAAUUUUUUAUUAAAAUAUCAAUUCUGCAAAAAUAUUGAUACUUUUCUGCUUGUUUCAGCAGAAAAAUUUCGUUGAAAAUUUCACUGUUUCAAAAUUAUUUGAAUAUGUUUUCAUUUUUCAUUAUUUUUGAUAGAUAUCAAUCAUUUUCAGAAAAAAACAUCUUGGAUCAUUCAGAGAAGCAUGUUUUCUUGACUAAGAAUUUUUCAAAAAUUUCACUGUUUCAAAAUUAUUUCUUACAAUUUUGUGAAAAGUUGAAAAUAUUAUCUCAAUUCGAUGAAAGAAGGAAAAAUAGUUUUUUUUUUGUGAAAAUUGGAAUUUUGACCUAAAAUUUGAUGAAAAAUGGAUUAUUCCAGUUAUUUUUCUACUCAUAUUCACCAAAUAAUUUUUUUUUCAAAAAUUCACUGUUUCAAAUUUUUUCUUAUAAUUUUGUGAACAUUUGAAAACCUAAUUUCCCUGUUGUUUGUCGAAAAAAAAUAUCACUUGAAAAGUUUUUGAAAAUCUGAUGUUUAAAAAAAAAUAAUUUACUGUUUCAAAGUUUUUUAUUAAAAUAUCAAUUUUGCGAAAAAUAUUGAUUUUUUUUGCUUGUAUCUUCAGAAAAAUUUUGUUUAAAAUUUCACUGUUUCAAAAUUAUUUGAAUAUGUUUUCAUUUUUAACUAUUUUUGAUAGAUAUCAAUCAUUUUCAGAAAAACAUCUUGGAUUUUUAGAUGUUUUCUUGACUAGGAAAUUUUUAAAAAAUUUCACUGUUUCAAAAUUAUUUCUUAUAAUUUUGUGAAUAUUUGAAAAUAAUUUUUCCAUUCGAUAUGAUAAAAAAUGAAAAAUAGUUUUUUUUGUUAAAAUUGGAAUUUUGACCUAAAAUUUGAUGAAAAUUGGAUUUUUCUAGAUUUUUCAGUUAGAUAACAUCAAAAAAUUUCACUGUUUCAAAAUUAUUUGAAUAUGUUUUCAUUUUUCACUAUUUUUGAUAGAUGUUAAUCAUUGUCAAAAAAAAAACAAAAUCUUGAAUUCUCAGAGAAGCAUGUUUUUUGAAUAGGAAACCAUGAAAAUUGAGUUUAAAAAUUUCACUGUUUCAAAAUUAUUUCUUAUAAUUUUGUGAAAAGUUGAAAAUAUUAUCUCAAUCCGAUGAAGGGGAAAAAAUAGUUUUUUUUCGUUAAAAUUGGAAUUUUGGCCUAAAAUUUGAUGAAAAAUGGAUUAUUCCAAAGCCCAAAAAUCACCCUAAAAUAUUUUCAAAAAUUCACUGUUUCAAAUUUUUUCUUUUAAAAUUUCAAAAAUUGAAAUUUUUAAUUAUUAUGAAAUUCAAUGCUACUGGCCGUUGAGCUUGUAAAUCUGAUAUUUCCAAUACUUUUUUGAACACAUUUGCCAUUGUUUAGUUCGAAAAUUUGUAUUUUUCAUGAAAAUUGAUUUUUUUUAUUGAAAUUUGAGAAAUUUUGACCCAAAUAUUGAUGAAAAUUGGAUUUUUCUUGACUAACAAACCAUGAUGAAAAUUUGUAAGAAACCAUGAUGAAAUUGAGUUUAAAAUUUUUCAAAUAUUUUACUGUUUUUAUUUUUCAGUUAGAUAAAAUCAAAAAAAAAAUUCAAAGAAAUUUUACUGUUUCAAAAUUAUUUCUUAUAAUUUUGUGAACAUUUGAAAACCCAAUUUCCUUGUUGUUUGUCGAAAAAAAAUAUCACUUGAAAAGUUUUUGAAAAUCUGAUAUUUAAAAAUAAUUUACUGUUUCAAAAUUUUUUAUUAAAAUAUCAAUUUUGCAAAAAAUAUUGAUACUUUUCUUCCAAUUCGAAUAUGUUGACUGAGAGCAGGCAUGUUCAUUUUGCCGGCAACGCCGGCCGUUUGCCGUUUCAAAAACAGCGACGGCAGCCGCUGCUGUUUUGAAAAAAUAACACAAAACAGCAUGCCGUGGCUGCCGUGCCGAAAUGCCGGCAUUGCUGUCUAUUUCGUGAAGAAAAUUGUCGAAAUCAUCGAACAAAUCCUCCAAAAACACUCACAUUCAGAAUUAAUGAGAAAAGGAGCUUGACAAGAACCUCUUCAGCUCGCGGUCGAGUUUUGAGCUGAAAAUUUUUUUGGGGGUAGUUUGCGAUGUUCUAAUGGCCGUAUAAAAAAUUCAGCUGCUGAACUCCACUCUGAGCACAAGAAAGUGAGCUCCGAAGUUUGAGCAUUUUCAAGGGCGCCGCGCCAGUUUUAUUCUCUUUGAAAUUUCAACUGAAGUAAAAAUAACUAGCAAAGCGCAGCAGGUUAGCGGAUAGCCCCUUGAGGCAAUGCUGUGGGGUUCGACUCCUGCUCCCUCCAACAUUUUUUAAUUUUUUUUUCUUUUUCAAGAAAAUGACUUUGGAGUACUGUAACUGAUUUAAAAAUCGAUUUUUUGAAAAUCUGAUCAUACGGGGUUGUUCUAGAGGGUCAAUUAUAUUGAAAAAUGAGUUCAUAUAAUUUUUCGAGAAAAUUCAUUUUUCUUCAAAAUUCAUGGUCAUCUGGUUGGAUGAAAAUUUUCGAAAAAAAUUUUUUUUUGAAAUAAGUUCAGUUUUCAUGAAAUUGAUCAUCCUGAACAACUCUGUAAAAUCCGAUUUCCAUAAAAACCGUUUCUAGAAAAGUUAUCGCUUGCGAAGUUUUUUUCUCCAGAACGAAGAUAGGAUAAUCGGGAGUUUUUCUCGAAUUUGACUGGUUUGGAAUGUUGUAAAUUGAAGAUUUUUAAGUUUCUAUCAAAAAAUGAUUUUUUUUAUUAGAAAUGUUGGUAUUGUCAUUACGAAAAUAUAAAAACCUUGGAAGAGAACCGAAAUGGCCUAGGAAACCAAUACUACAGUAGACUUCGCAAAAUUUUGGAGUCCAUUUGAAAAAUAAAAUGCAAAAUUAACACGUUGGCUAUUUGCCAACCAGUUUGAUGUGCAUGUGUCACGUCAUUUUUAGUCUACUGUACGUGACCGCCAAUUCAAAUGGGGGUUCUUUUAUUUUCGGAUUGACAAUAAAUCAUUAUCUUUUCUCCCACGAUUUCAAUUGCAAUUGCCCGACAAGCGAAGAGCUUAUAAUUUGGGAAUAUGAAUUCAAAUUUAUCAUAAGUUUUGAGAGCUGUUGGUAUAAUUCAACAUUUAAAGUUUCUAAUAGGGUUUGUUCUCAUUAACUUUUAAGAAAUUGGGUGAAAAGGACAAAAUUCUAGAGAAUGGCAACAUAAUUCUUCUCUUCGACCAUUAACUUUUCUAGAAACGGUUUUUAUGGAAAUCGGACUUUACAGAGUUGUUCAGGAUGAUCAAUUUCAUGAAAACUGAACUUAUUUCAAAAAAAAAAAUUUUUCGAAAAUUUUCAUCCAACCAGAUGACCAUGAAUUUUGAAGAAAAAUGAAUUUUCUCGAAAAAUUAUAUGAACUCAUUUUUCAAUAUAAUUGACCCUCUAGAACAACCCCGUAUGAUCAGAUUUUCAAAAAAUCGAUUUUUAAACUAGUUACAGUACUCCAAAGUCAUUUUCUUGAAAAAGAAAAAAAAAUUAAAAAAUGUUGGAGGGAGCAGGAGUCGAACCCCACAGCAUUGCCUCAAGGGGCUAUCCGCUAACCUGCUGCGCUUUGCUAGUUAUUUUUACUUCAGUUGAAAUUUCAAAGAGAAUAAAACUGGCGCGGCGCCCUUGAAAAUGCUCAAACUUCGGAGCUCACUUUCUUGUGCUCAGAGUGGAGUUCAGCAGCUGAAUUUUUUAUACGGCCAUUAGAACAUCGCAAACUACCCCCAAAAAAAUUUUCAGCUCAAAACUCGACCGCGAGCUGAAGAGGUUCCCUUGUGAGACACGCGCGCGCGAGACUGUUUAAAUAAAUUGUGUGUGCGACGGUUUACGGGUUGCGCGCUGUUGUGUGUGUUGUGUGCAGGGGGCGGAGCGACGCCCUUCCCCUUCCCUUUUCGAAAAACGGCAGCCAGCCGGCAAGCCGCGGCUGCUGUUUUUUGCUAUUUUCUUCUUUGCUGCUCGGCCAGCAAAACAGCGAAGCCACGCCCACACGGCAGCCGUGCCGUCCGGUCAGCAGGCAGAAUGAACAUGCCUGACUGAGAGAAGGGUGAGUGGGUUUUGGGUGGAUUUUUCUUGGAAUUUGGAAAAAUUUGAACCAAAAUUUGACGAAAACCAUGAAAAUUGAGUUUAAAAAUUCCUAAAAAUUUCACUGUUUCAAAAUUAUUUCUUAUAAUUUUGUGAAUAUUUGAAAACUUAAUUUUUAUGUCUUUCGUUUCUUGAAAAAUUAACGCCACUUUUAAAUGAAAAAAAAAAGUUUUUGAAAUUCUGAUGUUUAAAAAUAAAUAAUUUACUGUUUCAAAAUUUUUUAUUAAAAUAUCAAUUUUGCAAAAAAUAUUGAUACUUUUCUGCUUGUUUCAUCAGAAAAAUUUUUCAAAAAUUUCACUGUUUCAAAAUUAUUUGAAUAUUUUUUUAUUUCUCACUAUUUUUUAUUGAUGUCGAUCAUUGUCAAAAAAAAUCGUGAAUUCUCAUAGAAGCAUGUUUUCUUGACUAGGAAAUUUUCAAAAAAUUUUACUGUUUCAAAAUUAUUUUUUAUAUAAUUUUGUGAAUAUUUGAAAAUAAUUUUUCCAUUCGAUAUGAUAAAAAAUGAAAAAUAGUUUUUUUUUAUGAAAAUUGGAUUUUUCCAAAGCCCAAAAUUCACCCUAAAAUAUUUUCAAAAAUUCACUGUUUCAAAUAUUUUCUUUGAAAAUUUCAAAAAUUGGAAAAUUCAAUACAUUGCGAUCGAACAAGAACAUUUCUCCAAUAUGUUUUUGAACAGAUUCGGGUUUGUUUAGUGCGAAAAUUUGUAUUUUUCAUGAAAAUUGAACAAUUUUGACACAAAACUUGAGAUUUUUCUAGAUUUUCCAGUCAGAUAAAAUUUAAAAAAUGUCACUGUUUCAAAAUUUUUUCUUAUAAUUUUGUGAACAUUUGAAGGUGUUUCUAGAAAUAAAGAAAUUGCGGAGAAAAAAUGAUUUUUGAAAUUUUGAAGUAGUCUUGAAAUUCGCUAGGCUGGUUAAAAUUUACUGUUUCAAAGUUUUUUUAUUAAAAUUCUAAUUUUGCAAAAAUGUGGAUUUCAUUUCUGCUUCUAACAAUCAGAAAAAUUUCGUUGAAAAAUUCACUGUUUCAAAAAUAUUUGAAUAUUUUUUCAUUUUUCACUAUUUUUGAUACAGUAGUUGUCGAUUAUUGCCAAAAAAAAAAACCAACAUCUUGAAUUCUCAGAGAAGCAUGUUUUCUUGACUAGGAAAUUUUCAAAAAAUUUCACUGUUUCAAAAUUAUUUCUUAUAAUUUUGUGAAUAUUUGAAAAGAAUUUUUCCAUUCGAUAUGAUAAAAAAUGAAAAAUAGUUUUUUUUGUUAAAAUUGGAAUUUUGACCUAAAAUUUUAUGAAAAUUGGAUUGUUUCAAAGCCCAAAAUUCACCCUAAAAUAUUUUCAAAAAUUCACUGUUUCAAACUUUUUCUUUGAAAAUUUCAAAAAUUGGAAAAUUCAAUACACUGCGAUCUAACAAGAAUAUUUUUCCAAUAUGUUUUUGAACAGAUUCGGGAUUGUUUAGUGCGAAAUUUUGUAUUUUUCAUGAAAAUUGAAAAAUUUUGACCCAAAACUUGAGAUUUUUCUAGAUUUUUCAGUCAGAUAAAAUUUCAAAAAAAUUUACUGUUUCAAAAUUUUUUCUUAUAAUUUUGUGAACAUUUGAAGGUGUUUCCAGAAAUGAAGAAAUUGCGGAGAAAAAAUGAUUCUUGAAAUUUUGAAGUAGUCAUAAAAUUCUCUCAUAAAUAAUUUUUUACUGUUUCAAAACUGUUUAUUGAAAUAUCAAUUUUGCAAAAAUAUUGAUACUUUUCUGCUUGUUUCAUCAGAAAAAUUUCGUUGAAAAUUUCACUGUUAAAUUAUUUGAAUAUGUUUUCAUUUUUCAUUAUUUUUGAUAGAUGUCGAUCAUUGUCAAAAAAAACAUCGUGAAUUCUCAGAGAAUUUAAUUUUUAUAUAUUUAUUUUAAGUUUUUUCUUUGAAAAAAAAUUUACUGUUUCAUUGAAUGUUUUUCUAAUUUUUACAAUUUUUGAUAAGUCCUCUUUCAAUUUUCUCGAAAAAAAAUCGUGAAUUUUCACAAAUUUUUAUUUAUUUAUUUUUUUUUUUCAAAAUUUACUGUUUCAAAAUUAUUCUAAUAAUUUUUAAAUAUUUCACUGUUGUUGAUAUUUCUAUUUGACCAAUACAUCGUGCAAAGUGAAAAAAAUUACAAAUAGAAAUUUACUGUUUCAAAACUUGUAUUUCAAUUUUUCUACAGUUUCAAAAUUUGCUUUAUUCAAAGCACAUGAUCGAAUAAGUUCCAGACUGAAAACAAUUCUGAUUUUUCAUCUAAGUUGAACAUUUGCUUAAAUUAAAAAUAUUCACUGUUUCAAAAUAUUUCUUGUUCCAGCAAUCCCGUCGUGAAUCAGUGCUAGAAGCUUUGGACACUGCUCGACCCGCUUCGACUCUUGGCGGACCUCCAAAUAUAUUUGUCACCACUGAUGAUUGUGGUGAUCCUAUUGGUGGAAAUGUGAGUUUUUUCGUUUUUUUUGAAUUGAGCGCAAUACAGAAUAAUUAUAGAAAUUCGAAAUUCUUUUGAUGAAUUUUUGAAACAGCAAAAAUUUUUUGUUGAAAAUUUUACCAAAAAACAAUAAAAAUCGAUAAAUUUUAAUUAAAAAAUUAGCUGAAAAUUGGAUUUUUCAUAUUUAAAGCUUUAUUUUUUAUUGAGAAUUUUUAUUGAUAAAAAAUUCUGAAAAAUUCAAAAAAUCAUUUUCAAUGGUAAAAUCUGUGCCAGGCUUGCAGAAAUGGGCGGAGCCUAAUUUUCCUGGGAUUUUUGGUAUCAAAACUCUUGAAAUUUCAAGCUCUCCCCGAUUUUCUGCAAUCCUGGCACACAAAAAUGGGCGGAGCCUAAUUUUCCUAGGAUAUUUGGUAUCAAAAUGCUUGAAAUUUCAAGAAAUUUUGUUUUUUUGCAAUCCUGGCACAAAAAAAUGGGCGGAGCCUAAUUUUCUUAGGAUGUUUGGUGUCAAAAUGCUUGAAAUUUCAAGCUCUCUCCGAUUUUCUGCAAUCCUGGCACAGAAAAAUGGGCGGAGCUUAAUUUUCCUACGAUGUUUGGUGUCAAAAUGCUCCAAAUUCUGAGAUUUUCAUCAUUUUCAACCCGAAAUCCACCAAAUUCCUCUUUCAGUUCCUUCAAAUGCCACGAAAAGAUCGUAGUUGCUCAUGGAGUGGUCGACCACUUUGGAUGGAAGUUGCCGAAGCGACACGUGUCAAAGUGCCCCAUACAUUUCAAAUUCACAGCUACAAACGGCCCACAGUAUGCCAGUUUUGUAAAAAGUUGUUGAAGGGUUUGAUUCGACAGGGAUUGCAGUGUAAAGGUGAGUGUUUUGGGGUGGAAAUUGCUGAAAAUUGUGAUUUUUGACCUGAAAUUUGUCUGCAAAUCGUGAUUUUGAGCCCAGAAAUCGCUGAAAAUAGUGGUUUUUGACCUGAAAUCGCUGAAAAUCGUGAUUUUUACCCCAAAAAUCGCUGAAAAUCGUGAUUUUAAGCCCAGAAAUUGCUGAAAAUCGUGAUUUUCAGGCCAGAAAUCGCUGAAAAUUGCGAUUUUUAACCUGAAAUUCACCUAAAAAUCGAUAUUUCUUGCAGAUUGCAACUAUAAUUGCCACAAAAAGUGUAGUGAAUUGGUGGCGAAAGAUUGUCCUGGAAACACUGCUCAAUCCAAUCCCGCUUCCUAUUAUUUGGACACGGCUGAUGAUGGUGAGCUCCGGGGCACAAAAUGACCCGAAUUUUGGGAUUUUUGAGCAAAAAUGAGCUCGGGAACUUGAAAUUUGGAGAUUUUUGGGUUAGGACUACUGAAAAUGCGUCAGCUGAUUUGUUUUGGUGCAAUUUUUGUAGAUUUAUAGUGAUCUACCAGAAAAGCGUCAGCGAAUGGCGUAUUUUCCAUAGCCUUCUAAAAAUACGCCAGCAAAAGUACUUACUGGCGUGUUUUUGGUAGGUUACUUAAAUCACGUCAAUGGAAAUAUUUGCUGACGCAAAUUUUGUAGGUUUCAAAAAUUCAAGGGUACAAAAAAUGUGCCAGCAAAAAUAUAGCUCUUUGUUGACGAAAUUUUUGUAACCUACUAAAAAUACGCCAGCAAAACAUUAAGCUGACGUAUUUUUGUUAGGCUACACAAAAAUACGUCAGCUAUACUAUUCACUGACGCAAUUUUUGCACCUCAAAAAACCCGGGCCUCUACUGACUAAAUGUUAACCUACAAAAAAUACGUCAGCAAAACUAUAUGCUGACGUAGUAUUUCUCCUACCAAAAAUGCGUCAACCCAUCCCUCAUUGACGCAUUUCUGGUCAAAAUUUCUCACAGGAAUGUGUGUUUCGGCAAGUAUGGAUAAUAUGAAACUAUUUUCCAACACGGCAUCGAAAAAUGGUAUUUUUCAGCACAUUUUUUUUCUCAUUUCAAGCACUAUAUGAUUUUUCAAAAACACCACCAUUUUUUUAAGUUUUACUAACUUUUUAGCUAUAAUUUUCAGCCAAAACCCAGUAUUUUCAGCCAAAAAUCCCAUAUUUUCAGCGUCUGAUGAGCGAGAAGAUGAGACUUGUCUACGAGCCCAAACACCGAAGAAAAAAGCGCAAAAUGUGCCGAGUGCCCCGAUGACUGGCGCUGAAAAACAGGCUGAAAUUCGACCGGAAUUCAAGGCUGAAAUUAAACAAGCUGAAAUUGCUGGGGGAAUUGUGGUAGCGGCUGAAAAUGCGAGUUUGCAAAGUCCGGAAGAGGAUGGAGUGUCGGCGGAAAGUCAGAAUAUCCCAUUGAUGCGUGUUGUGAUGUCGGUCAAACAGAUGAAACGAAAAAAUGCCAAAAUUUUGAAGGAAGGAUGGAUUGUGCAUUUUACCGAUCAACAGAAUAUGGUAGGGGAUUUUGAGCUAGAAAUUUGGAAAUUUCAGAUAUUUUUAGCCUAAAAAUUUCUAUAUUUUUUCACUGUUUCAAAACUGAUUAUUCGAGUGUAUUAUUAAAAAAAUGCAGGAAUCGAAUUUUUUCAAGAUUUUCUGAAACAGUGAAUUUUUAUCUCAAAAAUUGAAAAUUUAUUUUCAGCUUUAAAAACUUGCUCAAAAAAAUUCCACCUUGAUUUUUAAUCCGAAAAAGUUUGAAUUUUUAGCGGAUUUUCAGUUUCUGGAAAGUUUUCUUUUGAAAAAAUUUCCAAUUUUUUUCACUGUUUCAAAGUUUUGUUAUUGAAACAUUGAAUUUUUGGAAUUUUGAUAAAUGUCUAUUGAACCAUAGUUCUGGUAAAUUUUCAGCAUAUUGAUUUUUGAUAGCUCAAGCUGAAAGUUUUGAGUUCUGCGAGGGAAUGAAAGCGAAAAUGUGUAGGAAUCGGAAAUUUUUUAAGAUUUUCUGAAACAGUGAAUUUUUUUACUCGCAGGAAAUUAAUACAGUUUGGACCCUAUGUAUAUUGAAAUCAUUCGAAAUUUCGAAAAUAUUCCAUUUUUUUGAAACAGUGAAUUGUUCUUUUGAAAAAAUUGAAAAUUUAUUUUCAGCUUGAAAAAGUUGCUGUUCAAUUAUAACAGUAUUUUCAGUUUUCGGAGAUUUUUCUAUUGAAAAAAAUUUCUAAUUAUUUUCACUGUUUCAAAAUGUUGUUAUCAAAAAAUUGAAUUUUUUGGAAUUUUGAUAUAAACUUUCUUGUGUGAUCUUAAUUCUACUAAAUUUUCAGCGUUAAAAAAAUUGCUCAAAAAAUUCCAUAUUGAUUUUUAAUCUGAAAAAUGUUGAAUUUUGAUAGUAUUUUUAGUUUUCGGAGAUUUUUCUUAUGAAAAAAUGUCUAUUUUUUUCACUGUUUCAAAAUUUUGUUAUUGAAAAAUUGGAUUUUUUGGAAUUUUGAUCUCUUAUACUUUUGGUAAAUUUCCAGCUUUAAAAAAAUUGCUCAAAGGUUAUUGGUUACAAAAAAAAAUUACACCUUGAUUUUUAAUAGCUCAAGCUGAAAAUUUUGAAGCGAGGAUUUUCAGAGAAUAAAUCUGAAUUUCAUUGGAUUUUUGAGCUUAAAAUUUUUGAGCAUUUGAUCUAGAUGACGUAUUGAAAAUGUGCAGGAAUCGAAAAUUUUUGAAGAUUUUCUGAAACAGUGAAUUUUUUUUACUCGCAGAAAAUUCAAACAGGGUUCCAACCAGUAUUAAAAUUAUUCAAAAUUUCGAAAAUAUUCAAUUUUUUUGAAACAGUGAAAUUUUUCUCUCCAAAAUUGAACAUGCUUCAAAAAAUCUCUCAAAUUGAAAAAUUUUGAAUUUUGAUAGUAUUUUUAGUUCGCGGAGAUUUUUCUUUUGAAAAAAUUUUUUUAACUUUUUUCACUGUUUCAAAAUUUUGUUAUUGAAAAAUUGGAUUUUGAAUCAGUAUUAUAAUCAUUGGAAAUUUCAAAAAUAUUCAAUAUUUUUUUCGAAACAGUGAAUUUUUAUCCAAAAUUGAAAAUUUAUUUCCAGCAUGAAAAAAUUGCUCAAACUAAUUUCCACAUCAAUUUUCAGCCCAGAAAUUUGAAGAUUUUGAGGCUAAAAAAGUUUGUGGAUAAUUUCUUUUGAAAAAUGUCUAAUUUUUUUCACUGUUUCAAAAUUUUGUUAUUGAAAAAUUGAAUUUUUUGGAAAUUUGAUUUUCGUUCAACAUUUGGAAUGGUAAAUUUUCAGCUUUAAAAAAUUGCUCAAAAAAAUUCCACCUUGAUUUUUAACCUGAAAAAAAUGUGUAGGAAUCGGAAAUGUUUCAAGAUUUUCUGAAACAGUGAAUUUUUUUUUUCCAGCGCAAAAAGCACUUUUGGCGUCUCGACACAAAAAGCAUCAUAAUGUAUCAGGAUGAGAGUUCGACAAGAUAUUACAAGGUACAGUAAUCCCACAGUACCCCCUACAGUACCCCCCAUUGAUUUUUCUUCAGGAAAUUCCGCUCAACGAAAUUUUGGCCAUUCAUAUUCCGGCUCAACAUUUGGAAAAUCGGCCGGCUACGCAUUUAUUCGAAAUUCAGACACAGGCUACGAUUUAUUAUAUACGUGAGUUUUAAGGGCUUUUAAGGGGCUUAGGGUGAAUUUUGGGUAAAAAUAAGGUAAAAAUUGGGCUUUUAGGCCCUAUUUUAGGCCUAGAAGGUUUGUUUUUAGGCCUGUUUAGGCCCCUUCUCUCUCAAAUAUUUAUGAUGAACCUUGAAAAGGUUAAAGUACCGGAAAAAAUCUGGUUUUUUUGCAUGUCAAAAUGUGGUUUUUUCGCUGUUUGUUUGCUCAGUUUAUUCCCCUUUUUUUGACAGUUUUUUGUGUUGCGCAGCAAUUUUUUCUCGAAAAUUUUCAGGGUCAGAUUUCGUUUUUUUUUUCUUUUUUGACAAAGUUUUGUCUCAUUUUGAAACUAGAAUGUAGUUUGAUCAUUUCACAUUUGAAUAAUAAUUAGGGCGAAUUUCUCUUUUUUCUUUAAUUUGCAUAUUUUUUUUCUGUGUAGGUUUUCUGAAUCUUUAAAAUUUUGGCCCGAAAAUUGUAUUUUAAAAAAUUCCACGUGGCAAAAAAUUUUCGGUUUUGAACCAGAAGAAAAUCCAAAAUUUUUCACUGUUUCAAAAUUUCUCAAUAAAAAAUUCGGUUUUUGUGAAUUUUGAUAGAUCUGGGGAGUAGGAAAUAACAUGAGCAAUGUUUGGAAUUUUAACGAAAAAAAAAUAAAAAUUUUGAAACCUACAGUAGCGGCAAAAAAGAAAUGCACUAACUGUUUUUGAUGGAUAAAGUCACUAAAACAGCCCGAAAAUGUUGGAAACUUUUCUAGGGUUAUUUUUUACGCUGAUUCACACUAUUUCAAUCAUUCAGAUGUAUUUGGCAUCACUUCUGAAGGUUGAAUUGGACCAAAAUCAAAAAUCCGAUUUUUUCAGAUUUUCAACUUUUGAAAAAUUUCCCUUGUGACUGUCCUAAAAUGGUGAUAUUUGGGUGGUAAUUGAUUUUUAUUCAUACAAUACCAUCCCAACACUUGAUUUGACUUCAUAUGUUGAAGUUCCAAUCAUGAAAAAUAAUGUUAGAUGUUGUCGAUUCAGCGAUAUCUCAAAUCGAGAAAUCUGAAGGUUUUGACAUGAUGAAUCAUAUUUAUCGUGUGAUUUUUGACGGAAAUACUUUUUUUCAUUCAAUUUAUCAAUUUUCUACCAAAACUGAACAUUUUUAUCAAGUUUGGGGCCAUUCCGAUCUUCAUCGUUGGUCCGAUGUUGUCGUAGAUCUUGAUUUCAGUAACACCCUGAACUUCUAAACAUCGUUUUUAUUGCCUAAAUUCACACUCAAAGGACUCAGGUACAUUAUCUGAUUUGUUUCAAUCCACAAACUUGCCUUCUUCGAGACUUACCAGGCUGAAAAUGAAAAUUUUCAGUUUUUCAAUGGUUUUUACACUAUUUUUUCAUUGAUUGUGCUAAUUUCGUCUGAUGUGGUCCGACAUUGUUGAUCUCGCUUAUUUUGGUAUUUAAAACCAUAUUAGAUCAAUAGAGGGUCCUCUAAACUUUAGAAAAUAACACUAUUAAACAUCAUCCGAAAUUGUUGGAGGCUGUGAAAUCAAGAUCUACGACAACAUCGGAUCAAUGA